UGACGGCGUUUCAAAGAUGGCGGCGGACAGAAGUAGAAUGGGGUGUUGUUGGUUGUUUUUAUUUGUUUUUAGUUCGUCACAGUGUUUGUCCAGCGGCGCUGAUAAGUCCAGCAGAAAGUUGUCUAUGGAGUUGAACCCCGGGUAUCCCUCAAAGCCCCAUGGUGGUGACCUGUUGCACAUCAGAGCCCUUGGCGACAACGACACACUCCACUUCCUGUUCUGCAGCCAGGGGGCACCGACGCUGUUGCUUGUCCACACCAAUACCACAACCUCCACUGUGAAGGUGGACUGGGAUAAGUUUGUGGAACGUAAUACCACUGGCAGCCUGAAGGUAGAGCCAGAGAGCAGCAUCCUCUACAGCAAUGCGCUUGUCAUCACCAGGCUGUUGGAGUAUAAUGACAUCAACGACACAGCCAUCCCGACCUCUGACCUCUUCCCACCAUACGACCUUCAGAACUUCCUCUGGGCUCGUCUGAACCUGUCGGCACCAUCUGCUCAACUUUGUGGAACCCCCAACUCAACCAAUGGAUCUCUGUGUGUGGAGCUGACGGCAUUUGAGACAGAGGGGCGGAGUUCCAGCUGGCCCCGUCUCCUGCACAACACUGACUCCUCCCAGCUGACGGUGUCAAUUGAUGGCUUGUCGCCACGGGCGUCACACUCCAGGUUCCUAUUGGAGGUGCAGGCAGUGAGCGGAGCUUCUUCUCUGAGACAAGUGGAUGAGAUCCAAUCAAUUGAUGAUGAGUUUACACCAUCAAUAUUCAAGGUGUAUCAGUGGGUUUCAUCAGUGAAUGGCAGCUCUGACGUUCUGGGUUUCGUCCAGUGGAAGCCAGUGGCAUACCGUAAGACAAAUGCAGCACUCGAGGAUGCUACACCAUGUCGUCACUCAUCACCAGAGCAACAGAAUGGGACAGUGACAGCGGUGGCAUCUGGUCUGAUUCGAGCGUUCUACGGGGAAUCACCAGAAACUUUUGGACUGAAUGUGAGCUUUGGCCUAUCAGGAGAUCCUUUCUACAACAGCACCCAGUUCCUCAGCUGGACACUGCUGGUGGGUGUCGGUUCUCCUCCCGUUGAAUCCUUCUCUCCGCUCGUCAUCACCAUCAUGGCCGCCGGUCUGGGAGCUCCCUUCGUCUUCUUGCUGCUGGGUGGCAUCUUUGUCUGUGUACGAAAGAAGACGGGAACUUCCACGACGGCCUAUGAACCAAUCAACUGAGCCCCAUCCCAAAGCCCCGUCUUGGACAGUACAUUAAGUCAAUCAGGAGUUCAGAGACUCUUUUAAUUUAGGAGACUAAUUUUAUCAGAUGAUCAUGGAUCUGUCAAUUAUUGGUUUCAGUCAUUUUUAUGGAAAAUAAACACAUUUCCUUUUAAACAGUUUUUAAAAAAAACACUGUGUUGACCAGAGUCUUAAAGAUGAUAAAAAUAUUUAAUACUUUG